GCUUUCUCUGCUAGUUCCCACCGUCGGGCUUCUUAGCGCCUGGAAUGCGAGAGAGGUUCAGGGAGUUCCCGGAGUGGGGCGUAGAGGGAGCCACUGGUGGAGACCUUCCUAGGGUCCCUUUCCCUUCGUGGGGUGCUAUGGAGUUCCCAGAACACAGCCAGCAGCUGCUGCAGAGCCUCCGAGAGCAGCGGUCCCAGGGUUUCCUUUGUGACUGCACGGUGAUGGUGGGUAGCACCCAGUUCUUGGCCCAUCGGGCUGUGCUGGCCUCCUGCAGCCCAUUUUUCCAGCUUUUCUACAAAGAGCGGGAACUGGACAAGAGGGAUCUGGUGUGUAUCCACAACGAGAUUGUCACAGCCCCAGCCUUUGGGCUGCUUCUGGACUUUAUGUAUGCUGGCCAGCUGGUCCUGAGGGGGGAUACCCCUGUGGAGGAUGUGCUAGCUGCUGCCAGCUACUUGCACAUGAAUGAUAUUGUCAAGGUGUGUAAGCGGCGGCUGCAAGCCCGGGCCUUGGCUGAGGCGGAUAGUACCAAGAAGGAGGAAGAAACCAACUCACAGCCCCCUAAUUUGGAGUUUUUGUCCAGCACUUCCCGUGGCCCCCAAACUGCGUUGCCAUCUGCAGAGACAUCAGGUCAUUGGGGCAAAGGGGAAUGGAAAGGCUCAGCAGCUCCCUCACCUUCUGUCUGUCCACCAGAUGAGCCACCAAUGCCGGCUGGGGCUGACACUACACAGCCUGGCGUGGAGGUUGACUCACCACAUCUGCGGGCACCUCCUCCACCAGUAGCUGAUGUCUCUCUUGCCAGCCCCAGUAGCUCUACAGAGACCAACCCUGCAAACUACUUCUCUUCGGGCCUCCCAACACUUUCAGUGGAGCCACUGGCUCCCCUUGAUGCGGGUUCUGAGAGUCUGAGGGUGGUGGAACCAAGGGGAACUGGAGGACCAUUGCAAGGCUUCUAUCCCCCGGCUUCGGCUACAGUCCCAGUCCCAGCCCCCGUUCCAUCCCAGGCUUCAGCCCCAGCAGAAGCGGAGCUGGUCCAGGUGAAAGUAGAAGCUAUUGUGAUUUCCGAUGAGGAGGCUGAUGUGUCAGAGGAACAGCCUCGGGGUCCUGAGGGACUGUUUCCACCUGGAGGAGCAAUGUAUGGUGGACAGCCCCCCCAGCCAGAGGCCUUUGAGGAGCCAAGGGCAGCAGGACUGGAGGAGAUAGGGCCCAGUGACCACUUCCUGCCACCAGAUCCUCAACUACCCUACCAUUUGCUGCCAGGUCCAGGGUAUCAUCGAGGACUGGUAACCUCACCCCUGCCUGCUCCACCCGCCCUGCAUGAGCCACUCUACCUGCCUUCUGAGUAUGAAGCAGCCCCAGGAAGCUUUGGGGUUUUUACUGAGGAUGUCCCCACUUGCAAGACAUGUGGGAAGACCUUCUCAUGCUCUUACACACUGCGGCGCCACGCCACAGUGCACACGCGUGAGCGACCCUACGAGUGCCGCUACUGCCUGCGAAGCUACACACAGUCAGGGGACCUGUACCGCCACAUCCGCAAAGCUCACAAUGAGGACCUGGCCAAACGCAGCAAACCGGAUCCAGAGGCUGGCCCCCUCAUGGGAGUGCAGCCCCACCCUGGCUCCCCGACAGCAGACAGACAGAACAGCAGUGCUGGAGGGCCACCCAAAGAUUUUGUACUUGGUCCCAAAAACUAACAUCUGGGAGCGCAUGCCCUGAGGCUAGGCCUGCUCUUACCACCAUUAGGGGGCAGCACGGAAGGUGGGAAGCAUCUCAUUUCCCCUGCUGGAGACAGAAUGAAGAUUCUGCCCAGGCUGAAGGUUCCUACCCUUUUCUUUUCCGCCAGAUAGCAGGACUUCAUAGGGCAUUGCAUCUCAGUCAGCUCCUCACCAAGGGCGCUGGGAAUUUUCCUGAGGUGUAAUCACUUCUCACUCUGCAUUUUGGACCAUAAAGCUAGCAGUGAAAUUCUCUCUCUGAACUGGUGUUGGCUGGUUUCUUCCACAAACCUGCAUGCCUCCGAUUCUUUCAUAGCUCUCCUCCAAACCUUUUAGGAAUCUGACACUUGUUAUUUGGGGUAGGGGUGGUGGUCAGGUUGCUUAUGAGGGAAAAAGUGAGACAGGCAGAGGGCAGUGUAGACUUUACUUAGGAAAAGUAUACAAAUUAGGGAAUUUUACACAAUUAUGGUUUAUUGUUGUAGUUGAGCUCCUGUGUCCUGGGCUGUAGUGAGGACUUCGCAUAAAUAUUUAAUCCUCAACAACUUGAUGAGGUAUUAUCUCUCUCCUUGAUUUUUUUCCCACGGACAAGGAAACUUGAGACUGAACAAUCAACCUUAAUUUGUUCAAGGUUACAGAGCUAGAUAAGGGGCAAGCCAGAGUUUGAACCCUGGCUUAUGACUUCAAAUACCAGGCUGGUUUAAAACAUUGUUGAAGAUGGUUAACUUUAAACUAGAAAUUGUUUUUGUCUUUGACCUUUUGAGUGUUCGGUUUUGUUGCCUCCCCCCUUUCCCUCUGCUUUCCAUGGAGAAAGACCUAUGGUUGACUGUUUCAACAACAGAUACUGUAUUGAUGACUUGAAAUUUUUGCCUACAUGUCUUAAAUGUGAAUUGAGGUCUCUGAAGAUAACUGGAAGACAGAAAACACUAAGCUCCAUGGUGGUAGGUGUGUGGGGGGAGGUUGAGGGCCUACGAAAUGGAAAUGAUGGGUGCAUGGGAAAACUAAAGCAAGAAACUCUAGAUGAGAGAAUCUUAGAGUUCAUUUGGUCCAACUCCCUCACUUAAAAGGUAUGAUGACAGGUUGAAUUACUUAUCUAUGGUCACACUGGUGAUUGCUAACAGUGGAGAUAGCAAAGAAAUGGGAAUUUGGGGUGUUGCUGUGGCUUGGGGUUGGGAGGAAGUGUUCUAGGAAUGUAAGAGAAGGGUCUAGCCCUGCCUGCGGUGAAGACUGUAGGGUGGACCAGAAGGCUCCCCAUAAACCUUUUCUCUUCGGCACAUACAGAACUGAGUGCAAAAAAAGCAGGAAGGAGUAUUUAAAAAAGAUGAAAAUAUGAGUGAAUUUUCUGAAUUUCUUCUCUCUUUUUGGAUUUGUCACAUUCAUCCCUGUGAACUCUUACUAGGAAGCUUCUGUUUUUGAGUCUUAGGAAGGAGACAGAGCUGAACAUCAAAGAUUAGGUCAAAGAAAGCUCCUUACCUGGGGUAAUAUGGGAAGCAAAAGUUGACGCUUAGCAUUUCCAUGGCUAAGAGAGUGAAUUCUAAGCCUUUCAUUUUCCUUGUGUUGGAAUAACCUUUUGUCUUUCAAAUGGCUAAUUUUAUUUAUGCAAGUACAUUACUGCCUUAACUCCUUGGUGAAACAAGGCAAGAUAUACAUAAAUACACUAAGAGCUAUUUUAUUUGAGUGGAGCACCUUUUCCAAAGUCUUUCCUAGAGCAAAUAUCACAUCAAAAUACCUAUAAGAAUCAGUUGCCUUUAAAAGAGUGAAAUUUAUGGUAUGUGAAUUAUCUAUCAAUUAAAAAAAGACACGAUGGGGGUGGGGAAGAAAUCGGUUGCCUCAGAGUAUCAGUUCCUAAAAGCAAGGCAUAAUAAAUAUGUGUACAUGUGUAUAUAAUGUAUAUAAUUUUUCUGGACCGUCUGGGGAACACAGGAACCAUUGUUACUGUCUUGGCCAAGUGCAGUAAGUAAAGAGGAUGUGUUACUUGGUGAUUCUCCUGGGGAGCAAGUAUUUGCUUUCUGUUCCCAGCACAGAAUGCUUUCUUCAUUGGAGGUGGCAGCCAGGAACUUGAAAGGUGUUUAAAGCAGCAGCCAACACAAUUACAGCCACAGUUGCCUCACUUUAUAACCUGCUGGACACCAAGAACGGUUUAUGCCUGUCUGUAGAGGUGUGAUCAAUAGAGAACUCUCUCUGGUUUCCACUACUCUUGAUGGCCCCAUCCAUGGAUUCAGCGAACCCUAAGUCAGCUCAUCUAACCUCUAGCCCAACACUGGAUCCUCCUUUUGCCAAGUGUUGAAAGGGAACUCACUGUUCCCAAAGGAAACCUAUCCUACUGCUGGACAACCCUAAUCAUUGAACAAUUAUUCCUUCCACUGCGGCAAAAUCAGCCUCCU